AUGAUGACGUCGCUAGGCAGCGAAGAAGGCAUGUCGAGUGCGAAUAGUCCUCAACCUGGGCUGCUCUCCAUCGCCGGCGACGCGCUCGCCCUGGCGCCCGCCCCGGCCCGCGCCCCGCGCCCUAAGCCGCGCCCGCCGCCGGCAGUGCCCGUGCCCGCCCCCGCCCAAGACGACGCCGACCUGCCCGUCGUGUCGCUGUCCGAGGUGGCGUGGCACGACCACCACGACGACUGCUGGAUAGUCGUCUACGACCGCGUCUACGACCUCACGCCGUUCCUUUGGGAGCACCCCGGCGGCGAGGAGAUCCUGCUGGACUACGCGGGGCGCGACGCGACGCUGGCGUUCGCGGGCAUCGGCCACGGCCCGGCCAUGCUGCUGGCGCUGCGGCCGCACCUGGUGGGGCGGCUGCCGGAGGCCGAGCGCAUCUACAGCGUGGCGGCGGCGGAGCGGGGCGUGCUGCAGCUGCUGGGCGUCAGCUAACCGCCUCGCCCCGUCGGCACC